ACGACAAAGAUUUUAAAAAAAUAUUACGUUUUUAAUUUUUAAAUUUUUAUAAUUUUUAUUUUUUAGUACCUAUCGCAAUAUUGCAGAAUAACAGUUAACGAUCGACAGCAAUGAUGACAAAACAAUAGUAAAUAAUUUUGAGAGUAUUAUUUUCUCCAAAACUGGUAACACGAUCAAUAAUGCCAUGAACUUGGCUUGGCUAAUACUGAUCGCUGUCCUACUGACGUCCUGUGUACAUUUAGCACAGCCAUCUAUGGGAAAAACGACCAUCUAUGAAACAGAAUGUAAACAUCUACGAAUGGGCCAGUUCAUGUGCCCCGAUGAUGGGUACGAAUUCAUCGACCCAGAGACACAGCAGUUACGCGGGUGCACCAAAGACAAUGUUGCUCAAGUUCGGUGUAAAGCAAGCGACGGUAUUGUGUGUUUGGAAACCAAAAACUCGACAUUUUGGAAAGAAUUUCCAUGUAAAUGGACUUUGUAUUCUAGCAAUGGUUACCAUUAUGACACAACACUGUUAUUGUCCAUUUUUCUGGGCAUGUUUGGUGUGGACCGUUUCUAUCUAGGUUACCCGGCAAUUGGUCUACUGAAAUUAUGCACACUUGGGUUUAUGUUCAUUGGCCAGCUGGUCGACGUAGUACUUAUUGCAACACAAAUUGUUCGUCCGGCUGAUGGAUCACAUUAUAUCAUUCCUUAUUAUGGUCCUGGCAUUAACUUUAUACUCAUGGACAAUGAAACUUACAGACAACCACAAGAUGAUUGGUUUGUUGAUCAUAAUGAACUAUAAAGUGUUGAAAAAAUUACUUUAAAUAUCUAGAUUAAGAUUACUUACUAUUAUUACCAUUAAAGUUAUAUUGUGAUGUAUCAAUUAUUUUGUUAAAAAAAUUAUAUUAUUUGAUACCUUAUUUAUUAAUUCCAAAUAGGUAGGUACUACCAUAAAAAAAAAUAAUUUUUUUAUAUCUACCUAUAUAAUAUAUUAAAAAUAGUUGUGGAUCCAAUUGUUAUACAUCAUACAAUUUCUUGUUUCAAGUUUUUUUUUCUUUAAAUAAGAAAUUCAAUACAACAAAAUAUUUAUAAAAGUAAAAAAUAUUGGAAGUAUGAAUUCAAACAAAUUAGGCAAAAAUAGAUUUCUUGCCUACAAUGUAUUCAACUAAGAAUCUACUAUAAUCUGAUUUAUUUGUGUUUGAAAUAUUAGUAUAUUAUAUUUUUUUGUUGAACUGUAUCUAUAUCUUUUAUAAUUACCUAUAGUAAAUGAUUUUUUUUAAUGAAUAAUAAAAUAUAUUUUUGAACAUG